CAUGCACGAGCUGUUGGCAUGCAAAGCACGUGAAAUUGCACACUAAAAUUCAAAAAAUUCGAAGUUUUUUGAGAAUCGGAGAGGCCCUCCACAAGCAUCCCAUCUCGUACGUCAUAGGCUUGUCUCAAAGCAGGGACGGUUCGUACCGUUGAUGAAAGAAGGUCAUUGUCAUUGGGUCAAUACUUUGCGACUGUACAUGCUGAUUUGUAUCCCAGUUAUCAAUCUAAUGCUUGUCCUGUCUUCGACUCCCGGAGUCGAUCAGAGUACGUUGGUAAAGAGUACUGCAUUAAAAUACGAACCAUCCUCCAGGAACUAUCAUAGCGUGCGCUAUGUUCAUUCGUUACGAAUGCUAAAUCGUUAGGUAUUGUCGUUACACUCAAACUUACAGUAAAUAAUGAAACAUCAAAAAAGUAGAAUAAGGUACAUAUCUUAUAACCAUUCGGCAUUAAAUAGUUCUAUAUGAUUCUCUAGCAUUCCCAAUUGCGUAGUCUCGACUCGACAACAACCUGACCCAACCAACAGUGAUGGAUGACAAAUUGUUGCGGGAAACUUUUCUGCUUUUCUUAAAAACUGUCUUUAUUAUUUAAAGCUUGACAAGGGUUCCGUAUCCAAUGGCGAAUCCAACAGCCAGGGAAACGACGCAUGCAACCAAACCGGCACCGUAUCCAAUAACGGUAGCCUCAUCGACGGCCUCGGCGUGAGCAGCAAACGGGGCCAUGGCGGUGGCGAAGGCGGCAACAGCGGCGGCCUUGUCUUGCUUGAAUUCAACAGGUUCAGGGGCUUUGCUCAUGGAAACGGCAACAGUCUGUCGGGGUGUGCUGACGGGGGCAAAUCCCGAAACACAGGCGGCCAUGGCGACCAAAAGAAGAGCAACUUGUUGGAAAGACUUCAUUGUGUGAUAUUAUAUAUAGAGUUUAGCUGCGAAAAAAAUACAUCAGACGAAUCCAUAAGUGAAUGUUAGUUGAAAAGGUCUCGAAAUAAAGGUGUAUGUCGACAUCGAAUCUCAGUCAUUUCAAAUCUUCUAGGAGACUGGUUUCGAAAUUUGUCAGAAUGUUGCCGUAAACAUCUCGCCGCACAACGGCAUGAAUGCUUUCACUCUAUGUUAUCGUUUUAAUAAAGCACUAUAUUGUAGGGUCUGUAAACACUUGAGUGCCGCAAUGACCACACUCGUACUUCGAAUUUGGUUUUCUUACCUGAAAAAGAAAAUUGUAUGAGAAUAUCAGAUAACGACGAAAAAUACAUAAAAACCCUCCAUCUGCACCAUCAACAAUCGAGAUCGUAACCGGGAUGGUGGGAUGAGAACUCGUUCGUCACCGUCCAAAAAGAAACUCCUUUUCUUCCAAAGAAGAGAAAACACCUUCUAUUCUACGCCUCUCGUUUCGUCAUUGCAAGCUUUUUGAUUGGUCAAUUUUAGAGCCGGCCAGUCUUUGACACACUUUCGGCGGGGUUUCAACUCAUGGGAUGUUGAAGACCUGAACGCAUCCAUCUGAUGUCGCAUACGUAUGUAGAAAUACUGGCGUGUUUAAGAUUAAAAUUUUAUCGUCCGCUCUUGACGACAUAUUAGUCGAACUAGUCGAUACAAAGCGACAGAUGUCGGUCGCGCGUCCGCGCACUCUUGAUGUCAUUUCAUUCUUCUUCAGCAGUCAAAAUGCGGCCGACAACAAUGAAAAUUGUUGACACUCAAAAACCUUCCCCAAAACUUGAAGAUGAAAACCGAAAACCAACUUAAACUCCAUCGCUCCCCCGUGCAAGUCUGAAGAACUAAAAGCUUAACAUCACGGUAUCUUAGGACACCAUCUCAUAUCAUAGGCGUCGGAGAAGUAAAGUGAUGUCGAAAAGAACGGGAGGUCAAAGUGAGGAAAAUGAAAUCCCUCUAGAAAGUCAGCAAAGUCAGAGCAAGGAAGAUGGAUUGAAGGCGGAUGGUUACUUAGACGAAGAGGAUGAGGAUGAGGACGAUGAUACAUACCGUCUUCGUGUCUACGGAUAUAGUGGUGACAGUGAGGAUUCUUCGUCAUCUGCGACAACGACAAAAAACACGCUUCAAUUGUCGCGGGAAUUCGUAAGGAAUAUUAAUUGUAACAAGAGGAGUAGAUCUGUUCGGAGAUUUUCCAAACGAUUGUCAAAGCAACUGUCGCGCUCUAUGGAUCGGCGACGCUCUUCGAUCAAAGAAUCACUUCCAGACACACCACAAGGAUGGGUGGUCUUCUUGUCCGCAGUCGCGUCCGCCAUCUUAGCAUACGAGGUGCGAUUGCAAUUUUCCCUUACUAAACCUCCUGCAACAUUUUGCCAAUUGCCGUCGGGGAGUUACGUUGAAAAAAUCUAUGAGCAAUUAACGGGAAAGGCUUCUUCUUCUCUUGUUGGUGGUAAAGGCAAAGAUUCCCGCAUCACUAACAUCCUUUCGAAGCCGAUUCAGCCCAGUCUCUUUGUCGGAACACGCGGUAUGAUUGCGAGCACUGCAGCGUAUCUCCAAGGGGGACCGUCGUCCUCCAGGCAAAAUUUUGUGCGAUUCCGAGAGAUUUUUAUUAUGAGUCAAGACGGAGCACAAGUAGCGGUGGAUUGGGAAUUCAAAGGGGCUCAAAAACAGACAGCAAACGUUGAAGGCGAAAAAAAUGCGUCAAAGAGUGAAGUGAACACGAGCCAACAAGAGAUAUUGAAUGGCAUUAUACGUCGGCCGGUCGUAAUCAUCCUACACGGUAUCAAUAACGAUUCCAGUUUUGGAUACAUGAAGUCUCUCUCGAGUUCGUUCUGUAAUAGAGGCUAUGUUUCAGCUUCGGUGAACUUUCGAGGAUGUGGGGGGCAUCGAUUAAAAACCCCACGUGGUUAUAACGCAGCCUAUACAGGGGAUCUUCGUAGCCUUGUCCGUCAGAUUUCGGUUAGAUUGGCGGAGAAUGUUUCCAUCUUUAUUGUUGGUAAUUCGUUGGGUGCAAAUAUCAUGACGAAGUAUUUGGGAGAAGAGGGUAUGGCAGGUACACUCCCGUCGUGUGUUUCGGGUGGAGCAUCGCUCGGCAAUCCCCUUUUGAUCGAUUCGAAAAUUGUUCGGUUUCCGUUUAAUGUUCUCAUGGCGUUGGGAGUGAAGAAAAUAUACUUAGAGAAUUGGAAGGCUGUACGUGCUCUGAACGACGCUCGAUCAAAAGAAAUUCACAAGAAAGGUUUCCUAGCUCCUACCAUUGCUGCCUUAGAUAAUGCUGUUGCACCGGCUUUGAUUCGAAAUAAUCCCAUGUAUCCAUUUGAGGCAAAGAUAGGGUACGAAACCGGAGAGGAAUAUUGGUUUGAUGCAAGUUCCUAUCGGUACAUCCGACAUAUCUCUGUUCCCUUCUUGAAUAUUACAGCUGAGGAUGACUUUAUUGUAUCAAAACCUUCGCGAAACAAGUUAGGGUUUUGCCUAGCCAACCCCAAUGUCAUGAACGUCGAGACCAGGUGUGGUGGCCACUUAGGUUGGCAAGAAGCGCCUCCGGAUGGCUUGUUUGGUGGGUCCUCCUGGGCCGAUACUGCAACAUCGGAUUUUUUUGAUGCUAUUCUGAACAUUAAGAGGGAAUCAUCCUCUGGUAAGGGUAUCGCUCGAAGCAAUAAAACUAGGAUUGAAUCUGAUUUUGGUCGUUCUGCGUCUCUACCAUUGAGAAGGGAGAAGAUUGACAAUGAAUUGAAAGAUUUACAAAGAGAAGCAAUUGCGUUCACAAAAGAAAAAAUUUCAAGACUAUAAGAUAAGGAGCAGUUAAUAUCUGAUUUCCUUUUACAGGCAGAUAUAGCAUAGUACCUGCAAACAUAACUAUUCUACACAACAUUCAAAAAGAAGGCACAAUAGAAGGAGUAACUGUGCUAGUUGUCCCAAACGGUGGCACAAUAAGUAAGUUGUUUGCAAGGAAUGGAUAAUUUGCUAGUAUGUUAAAAUUCACUAUGGUGGUAAGAAAGCAAAUACCAAUCA